AUGCCACGGGAAAAGCACGAACUGGGUCCUCUCGACCCGCGCAAGAAGGUCGUACGCUGUGAAGCUUGCGCUACCAGGAAGAUAAGGUGUGUGGGUGGAAAUCCCUGUGAACCCUGUGUUCGCACGGGUAGAAUUUGCCAAAAAAGGAGCAGCGGAUGCUCGAAGGCAAUAUUCGUCUUUUACAAGGAGACCGAUGAACCAUUGAUCUCUGCUCAGGUUCAUACAAAUAUGGAGACUAUUCAUCUCAAUUACUUUUUCGCCUUCCUGGGUCGCAAUCACCUUGUCCAUCCGAAAGAUGUUUUAGUCGAGGUUCUCUUGCCCUUAGUCACCGAAUCCGCCCUCUUGAGCUCCGUAGUGCGUGCUAUAGGGGCUUUGGAUGCUUCACGGCAUGGCUCUUGCGGCGCUUACGCCAAAGCCGAACUUCCUCAGUCUUUGGCGUACAAGUCUUAUUCCCAUUCCAUUGAAGCAUUAAAAGUUGCAUUGCUAGACUCGGAGGUGUCUCAACGAGAUGAUGUUCUUUGGGCUACAUUUUUUCUUGGAUUAUUCGAGUUGAUGGCCGAUACAUCUGGAGAUGGAUGGGCAAAACAUAUGUUAUAUGGAACAUCUCGACUGCUGCAGACUACCAGUCCCAAGCAGACAUUGUCUCGGUCUCGCAAGGCUUUCCUUGAUAUUUUCAGGAUUUUUGAGGCCAAUCGAGUAAAUCUCUAUGGAGAAGGCACCAUUUUAGCUAGCCUUGACUGGGCCACGAUGUAUCAAAUGGACGACCAUAGACCCGCGGAUGAAUGGGACACUAUGGGACAAAUCUCAUCCCUUAUGGUCCAGAUAUCGGCUUUCAAUAUUCGGUAUGGGCUCUGGAGAUUCAGAUGA